UGUUUUAUGACAUUAGAGACUCAGGCAUGAAUUCAGCCGAACAGACGGUAACCUGGCUCAUAACGCUGGGGGUCCUGGAGUCUCCCAAGAAAAGCAUCUCUGAUCCAGAAGCUUUCCUUCAGACGUCCCUGCAGGAUGGAGCCGUGUUGUGCAGGCUGCUGGAGCGACUCCGACCCGGGACGGUGGACAAAUUUUUCCAGGAACCGAGGAGCGACAGCGAGUGUCAGAAGAACAUUACCGAGUUUAUUAGCGGCUGCGGGGCUUUCGGUGUGGAGCCUUUUGAGGUCAAUGACCUCCUGCAGGGACUAAACUUCUCCAAGGUCCUAAACUCCUUGGUCGCCCUCAACAAAGCGACUGAAGAUUUAGGCGUUCCUGGAGACGGCGUGUGUGUGCCGCACUCGUCAACGUUGAGGAUCAAGUCGUUUGAUUCUCUGAACACUCAGAGUCGCUCCUCCAAACUGCUGCAGCCUCAGUACCGCAGCCUGGACAUGUCUGAAGGCAGUGGGUGUGGCCAUGUGCUGGUCAAGGCCCGCUUUGCCUUCCAACAGACCAAUGAGGACGAACUCUCUUUCUCCAAGGGCGACAUCAUCAGUGUGAGCAGGCAGGAGGAUGGGGGCUGGUGGGAGGGCUCGUUCAAUGGCAAGACUGGGUGGUUUCCCAGUAACUAUGUACGGGAGCUGAAAGGAAGCGACAAGACAUCAGACAAGCCAAAGUCUGGGACAUUGAGAAGUCCCCCGAAAGGUUUUGACACCAGUAUCAUCAGCAAAACCUACUACAAUGUGGUCCUACAGAACAUCUUGGAAGCAGAGACUGAAUAUUCGAGGGAGCUACAGAGUCUCCUGGGAUCAUACCUGCGUUCACUCCACCCGACAGACAGACUCAGCAGUGUUGACAUUAGUCACAUUCAGGGAAAUCUGGAGGAGAUCUCAACUUUCCAGCAGAUGUUGGUUCAGUCCUUGGAGGAGCACACAAAACUCCCAGAGAAUCAGCAGAUGAUAGGAGGGUUUUUCCUGAGUCUGAUGCCCCAGACGAAGAUCCUCUAUUUGGCCUACUGCUCCACCCAUCCAGCUGCUGUCAAUGUACUCACCCAACACAGUGAGGAGCUGGGAGAGUACAUGGAGUCAAAGGGGGCGUCCAGUCCAGGGAUCCUGACCCUGACCACCAGUCUGAGUAAACCUUUCACGAGAUUGGAGAGAUACCCGACCCUGCUCAAAGAACUGGAGAGACACAUGGAGGACCAGCACCCUGACAGAGCUGACCUCCACACUUCUAUGAUGUCCUUUAAGAGCCUUGCAGCUCAGUGCCAGGAGGUAAGGAAGAAGAAGGACCUGGAGUUACAGAUUUUAACCGAGCCAAUCAGAAAUUGGGAGGGGGAUGACAUCAGAACCCUCGGCCCUGUUCUCCACAUGUCCCAGGUCACGGUCCACACUCAGAACUGUCAGGAGUUAAAUGAACGCUACCUCAUCCUCUUCCCUCACACUCUGCUCGUGCUUUCUGCAAGCCUGAGGAUGAGCGGAUUCAUCUACCAGGGGAAGAUGCCUCUGUCAGGAAUGCUCAUCUCCAGAAUAGAAGAUGGAGAAAACUUGAAGAAUGCUUUUGAAAUAUCUGGUGGCCAGUCCGAGCGGAUGCAGGUGGCGUGCAACAGUCAGCAGGAUCUACAAGACUGGCUGGACCUUCUCACCAAACACACACACACUUCGGCCACGCAAAGACACUCACACAGGACUCAGUCUGUCUGUCACACAUUGCCCUCCCACCCCGUCACUCCUUCCAGACACUCAGAGUCUCGUGCAGGGAGCAGCGGACACACCUACCACACUCUUCCCCAUCCUUCAUCAUUUGGGACAGGCCUCAGCAGCAGCCCCAUGUGGGGCCCCCUGGAGCCUCCGAGUACCCCCAAACCCUGGAGCCUCAGCUGCCUUCGCCCUGCGCCUCCACUGCGGCCCUCCGCUGCUAUCUCCAACAAGGAGGAUAUUAGUAAGAGCCCUAAGAAUAUGAAGAAGCUGCUCCCUAAGAGGAAGCCAGAGAGGAAACCCUCAGAAGAAGACUUCACUGUCAGAAAGAGUACAGCAGCUUUAGAGGAGGACGCUCAGAUACUGAAAGUGAUUGAGGCCUAUUGUACCAGCGCUAAGACACGGCAGACUCUCAACUCCAGCUCCAGCAGGAAGGAUGUUCACAUGUUGUUCCCUGAGGAAGAGAAGAUUAUUGUGGAGGAGACCAGGAGCAACGGACAAACUGUAAUGGAGGAGAGGAGUCUGGUGGACACGGUGUACAGUCUGAAAGAUGAAGUUCAGGAGCUCAAACAGGACAACAAGAGGAUGAAGAGGACGCUGGAGGAGGAGCAGCGAGCACGGAAGGAGUUGGAGAGGAUCAUAAGGAGAGUACUGAAGAACAUGAACGAUCCAACUUGGGAUGAGACUAACCUCUGAGAUUAAUAUAUGCCUGAUCAUCAUGGACAAGACCAAUUUCUGACUUUCAAAUGACCAAAUGACUUAAGAACUGUUGGUCCACCUGUGUGGGAUCUGAUGGCCAAUAAUGAUAUUUAUGGACAGAAGCUGCCCAAUGCUGACAUUCAACAUCUCUUCACCAUUUCCACUUGCUUUGAUCUUCUCAGUGACCUGUGUUACCAAACUGUGGACCAAGAGAAAAUGCCUGCCAGCCAUCAGCAAAACCAUCCCAACUGACCAUAAAGCUGUGAAAUCAAAUGAGCUGGUAGGCAUUACGACAUCACUUCCUGUUAGUCUCCUUUUCUUUUUUAAUCUUCAGAGCAGAAGAAGAAUUACUUUUGUUGUUUAAUUGUAACAACAUCUUUCAAUCAUCACUGCAAUUAUGAGCAUUAAUUAUAAUAUUUCAGUAUUAUUUUACUGAACUGAUGCAUGAAUAAGAACACUACAUUUGUUUAUAUGUUUCAGGAAGAUAUAAUGGUAUGUGAAUGAAAUUUAAAUAUACUUUUUUUCACACUUUUCACAGUCAAUAAACUUCAUGUAAAAUCAUCAAAUUAUUAUGAAAAUCAACAUUUAAAUUCUAUUUUAUGAUACAUGUUGUUGAUUCACAGUCUAAUAAUCUAUUGGUAUAAAAACAAAAUGUUAUAGGGCAUUCUGUUUUUAGUUCAGUGAGUGUGCUCAGUCACUACAUCUUUAAACUAAACCUGCAUUUACCAGCACUUAUUACUGUGAGUGACCUCGUGUGUUAUUCAGGUUGAAUUUUGGUUUGAAAAGUAUAACAGCUGUGAUUAAAUAGACCACCAUAUUAUUUAAUGGAUCAACAUGCCAAAACAAGACUUGAUGCGAUAUAUAGAAGGCAGCAAAGAUUUUACUUAUUUUGAAUAAUAUGUAUUUUUAUUUGGCUUUUUAAACGUAGAUAGAUGAACUACCAGUGAGUGGCUCCAGAGAACUGGACUUAAUAUCAAUAUCCUUGUUGAUUAAUUUUUUGACAGUUAUUCCACUUCUGCAUAUAAAUCAUUGUGUGGAGGCUAAUGCUAAAGAUAAAAGGACUGAUCUAAUGUAAAGUGUAAAUGAUACAGAAACAUCUCAAUAUGAAGUAAAUGGAAAAUCAUCCUGUUCGUGUUAAAGGGAAGCUGGAGAGAGAUUUUCUCAGGAAAUAUUAUGACCAUCAGGGAGUCUCAACUUUCAGAUUUCAUAUUCUUGCUAAUUGACCCUCAAAGCAAUAUUUUAAAAUGCAGGAAACAUGAUUUUAGAAUUGCAUUAUUUUCAAAUAUAGUUAUGCAUGUGACAUACUUUCCAAAGGAUUUGAAGUUAAAGAAAACAUAAAAGUCUAGAUAACAGGACAGUAUGGGCGCAUCUAUUAUAUAUAUAUA